AUGCCUGCGGCCGCGCCAAUCAUCGCGUCGCGUAGCGUGCUAUCCAGUCGCUAUGCCGGCCAUUUGGGAAUAGUGGGGAACGAUUGCGAAGCAGCAGUAAACAGCAGCGUGCCAGCCUGGGGCACACGAGCCGCAGAGAGCAGCGCUGCAGGCGCGGUCGUGGCGGGGGAGGCGGCAGCCACUGGGGAAGCACUCGGCGGCGCAGAGGCAGGGGGGAGCGGAACAGAAGCGCAAGGAGCAGCGGGCCAGGGGUCGCAAGAGCAGGGGGGAGGAGGGGUUGGGGGGCAAGGGGGGCAGGGGGCCUUGACCGGAGCACAAGGGACAGCGGGAGCAGGAGGGUCAGGGGCCGCGGGAGCAGGGGAGGCAGGGGAGGCAGGGGGAGUGCCGGCGGGAGAAGCAGGGGGGGCAGGAGGAGGGGGAGCGGAAGGAGCAGGGGGCGCAGGAGCAGCGGAGCCGGAGCAGCAGCUGGCGGAGGCGUGGCAGCGCGCAUUGGAUGAGGCGGAGGUGGAGAUCCGCAAGCAGGCCAUCGAGAACGAAUUCCUCCGCUCCCAGCUGCGCGUGCUCGAAUGGCAGAUGAGCAACGGCGCGCUAGCAAGUUCCGCGCCUCCUGACGUGGACGGGCUGCUCUCCCCUUCCUCCGCGCGCCUUCCCCCUUCCGCCAGUACAGGCGCGGGGCUCAGUCCAGGUUUAUCUGGGGCAGGUGCAACUGUUGCAGGCGUAUCAGGGGCGGGCACUUCUAGCGGCCCUCUAGGCGGCUAUAGCGGCGUUUUAGGCGGAAGUCCGCAGAUAGUGGGGCUAGGCGGAGCAGCAGCCGUGGGUACUGGUGGUGCUGCUCCUGCUGUAGUGGGUAUAGGUGGGGCUGAAGGGGCAGUAGGGGUAGGGAGAGGCGGAGGGAUUAUGGCUGCUGUAGCAGCAGCUGUAGCACCAGGAAUGACUGGUGGUAACGGUGGUGGGAUGGGGGGGCUGCUAGGAUCCGAUCAGGUGGUUACUGGGGAAGGUGGUAUUGGGAAUUUUGGCGGGAUGGUAGGGGACGGAGCAGGGGGAGGAGGAGGCGGAGGAAUGGGAGGAGGAGGUGGAGGCGGAGGAGGAGGGGGAGGCGGAGAGGACUUAGAGGCAGCUCUGUUGGAGCGACUGCUGCAGAAGUUGUCUGUGAACGGUUCGCUGGCUGCUGCUGUGGCGCAGGCAGCAGGGGGAGGCGGAGCUGGCGGAGGCGCAGGUGGAGGAGGGGGGGUUGACGCAGGGGGAGGCGGAGGGGGAGAAGGAGGGGGACUGGGGGCAGGAGGGGAGGGUGGUGGAGCAAAUGGGUUGAUGAACGGAGGGGUGGGGGGCGGGCUGACGGGGCAUGUCCUGGAUGGGGAGCGUGACAGCCUGGCGUUGACUCCGUUUGACCGGCAGUCGCUGACUGUGCACCCCUCCAACUCCACGUCAUCACGCCAGCUGGCUUCUCUGCAGCCCUUCACAAACGACUUGACUCGGUCGACAGGUGGGGCGGCAGCGUCCGGCCCUAGUGGAUCGGCGGGCGGCGGAGACAGGUCCGUGAACGUGGGCGAGCUGAUGCAGCGCGUGGCCUCGUUGGAGGAGCAGGUUCGCAGCAAAGACAAGCUGCUGGCUGCUGCUCAGGCGCGGGAGGCACAGCUGCAGGCGGAGAAGCGGUCGCUGGAGCGCCGGAUGUCAGAGCUGCGGCUGGCAUUCGACGGGCAGCAGCAGAACUUGAUGGGGUCGGCCCAGAAGGCCAUGGGGUACCGCCGGGACGUGCUGGAGGAGAACGUGCGCCUCACGCGCGCGCUUGAGCGAGCGGAGCAUGACCGCAUGCUAUUCAUAACCACGCUCACGCCACUGGCAGGGGAGUUUGGCCUCUCCGCCACCGCCUCUGCCGACUCGCACCACAUGCUGCUCUCUGUCAAGUCUGUGCUGCAGCAGCUGCUCACCCGAACCACUCGCAGCAACGAGCAGGGCGGGCAGUCAGCCCCUCUCCCCACGCUCUAUGGCACCACAGACCCCACGCUCUCUGCUCUGCUGCUCGCCAGUGGCGCCAAACCCAACAGCCCCUCCCUCGCACCAAACCCCCUCUCUUCCGCUGCUGCGCUCUCUGCUGCUGCCUCGCCUCUCCGAGCCUUGGCUGGGCUGGUGCCCCCUGCUGCUGCACCUGCUGGUGGUGAUCCUCUGCUGCUGCGGUGA